GUCAUGUCGUAACGCGUGUGACGUUUGAGCUGUUUCUUGUUAGUGGAGCACAAACAAACUCCAACACCGCCGAGUAUAACAGCUACACGGCCAUGGCGUUGAAUAGAAAUCACUCCCAAAACGGCGGAGUGUUGAUUAACAAUGGAGAAAGUGUGUUAAGAGAAUGUAAGAAUGUGGAGCUGUCAUUCAGUGACGUCGCCUGUAAAACAGAGCUACUGAAGGGGACCAAGAAAGGCACCGUGUACCUCACACCAUACAGGAUGGUGUUUGUGUCCAGUAAUACAAAGGAUUGCUUGGGGUCUGCCAUGUUCCCCUAUUAUCUGAUGAAGGGCUGCAGCAUCGAGCAGCCCGUGUUUGCUGCCAACUACAUUAAAGGGACAGUGUCAGCUGAGCCCGGUGGCGGCUGGGAGGGUCAGGCCCAUUUCAAGAUGUCAUUCCCCAGCGGAGGAGCCAUCGAGUUGGGCCAGCAUCUCUUCAAACUGGCCACAAAUGCUUCUCGGGGAGCCCCCGCCCAGAAUGGCGGCGCGUCAUAUCAUGCCUACCCUUCUCCCGGAAUGAUGAACGGCUACAACCCACCUCCGCACGCUCCCCAAGUCUAUCCAUAUGCACCCACUCCGCAGCAGAAUGGAUUCUACCCGCCGCCUCCUCCUCCCGCUGGCAACAUGGGCUACCCUUAUCCGGCAGCUGCUCCAGGAAUGUACCCAUACCCGUCGGGGUCUGACUACAUGGCCCCGCCUCCCCCGUAUCCAGGGCCACCUCAAAACUGGGCUGCGCCCCCUCAGAAUUGGACAGCUGCGCCACCUCCAGGGCCAGCUAACGCCAAAGCCGCAGAAGCAGCGGGCAACGCCUACUACAAUCCCAGCAAUCCACACAAUGUCUACAUGCCCACGGAGCUGCCUCCUCCAUAUGCACCUUACCCAAACUCCCCUGAAAAGAAAAACAACUGAGGCACAGGCACUUGGACACUUAUUCCUUGUCUUCUGAUGGAGCCCUGAUUGCAAUUUACGGCCUAUUACAAAACAUUGAGCUUCGGCUCUUACGGUAGAGUGUGGUGAAGUGACAAUUUGCAACUUUCCCCACAGAAUCCCCCCCCCCCCCAAAAAAAAGUCAUCUGUGGCUAUUUUGCUUAGUAUAAUAAUUUUGUUGGCACGUUGUAAAGAGCAGUUUGGAGCUGAAAGGAGGCAGUGGGAAGUUGAAUGUACUUUUCUCAUGACAGAACUGUAUCGCCACACACUUUCUUGGAGUUCAUUCUUGUAGCUUUUAAUAACAACCAAAAUUGUCAGUGUGUUUUUGCGGUAUCAUUUACAGUGUUCCCCCCACCCCCACCCCACCCCCCUACUGUCUUUGAAUAGAGUAUUGUUAAUCAUAUACAAUAGCAGGAGUGGGUUGAAUAGAUUUUAGUCGUAUGCCCUUGGCCUCGAUGCUUCCUGAUUCUCAUCGUUUUUUUGCUAAUAGCGUGACUUACAGACUCGCUUGCUCUCUAAUGGCAAGUCAUUACAUUCCCCCACCGCCCCCUAUAUUCAUUCAAAUGUACAUCUUCAGAAGUGUGCAAUGUUCCCAGUUGACAUUGGUGGCAGUGGCUCACUCGAGCGCCACUGUUCUCUUGUCCUCUGACGUUUGUGUAUGCAGAGGCAAGCUGAAACCUUCCUUGUUAUUCGGUCAGGACGCGGUUACCGGGUUUCACCGUUCAGAGCACAGCAGUGUUUUGCCUCUUGUCAAAACUCCCGAGGGCUAAUCAUGUUUUUUCCUGUUAAGCAGUUGACCCCUAUUUACAGGUCUUUGCGCACCCUAAGCGGAUUUCCUUAGUGUGGCUUGACGUUUGCUUUAAUCAUAUACUGUCUAUAAUUGAAUAAUGCUUGGCUGAAUUUUCUUUAACUCGAAUCUAAUAAAUUUGUCAUUUAUUGAUUAUACUA